AUGAUUAUCUCAGAUUUCGCGUACAUAGUGCAACAAAUGGAAACAUGUGAUUCAUGUAUUGCCAAUGUCUUGGCAAGGAAAUUUAAGAGAGAUGCUGAUAUUAAAGAAGAGAAGCCCAGCUACUUGCUAUAUCCAGAGGUUGAGCCAUAUUACAAAGAAGUUGAACAACUCUUUCAACAAGGAUCGAACACAACAAGCAUCAUAGCACCGUUUGUACGUCUUAAGGAGGAUAUACUAGUUUCUCCAGCGUACAACCUUGCUACUUGCCAAAUUGAGAAUAUUGCUACAGAAUUACGAGAAGCGCUGUUUUGCUACCUUAAUAGUGAUCUACAGUCUUUUGUGGACAAUGAAACGAUGAGCACGACAUCCGAAGAGUUAAGACUUUGCAACGACGAAUUCAGCAGCAUUGACUUAGAUGAGGUUUUUGAUUUUUAUGGUUCUCAGCUUUCCCUUUUCACGCAAAUUCGUCACCCCAUCGAUCGAUUCAUUACCAGUUACGCCAAGUUUUGUUUGAAGUACUGUAAUUUCAAAAACCAUAAAGACGACUACAUAUUUUUGAAUUACCAUAUUGGUUUGAACGAUACCGUCAGGACUGCGAAUGAUCUUGAUAAAGUGCUAGAACAUGUACGGGUUCCAGCAGAUAUACGAACUGUGAUAAGAAAUGAAACACUUGAAGUCAUGUCUCGCUAUUCUUUGGAAUAUUUCGACUUACGGAUGAAGGCACAAGAGAAGCUCUUAUCAGAUGGCGACCUACUCAAACUGUUCAUGCAGAUAUACUAUCAUGAUUUUGUCGAGUUCGGUUUUAAAUAA